UGUUGUCUGUAGCGUUCCAUGCACGUAGUGAAUCGCUUUUUCCGCACCCGACUCACGCAAUCAAAACAAUUGACAUUUCGAGUGUUGACAAACAUGCGUUCGGAGGUCGAUUAUUUAACGAACCGUUUUGACGACCAGAUUUAGUGUCCAGUGACGAUUUUGUGAUGAGAUGUGAUCAGUGACAUGCCGGAAAAAGAACCGGAUUUUCAAACUGCAAUGUCCGCUGGACUUCCUAUGCAAUUUCCCUCGGCUUUCGCUGCUUUUCACGCUCCUUUGCCCGUGGACCAGAGGACUCAUGAAGGACGAUAUGUCUGGGACCACAGGAUGCAACCUCCAACUGGAGCUUUUCAUCCACCUGCACCUCCAAGCGUUGGUGGCAGUCCUGGAGGCGGUUUACUUCUUGGAAGAGAGCUGCAUCCAGCGUAUCGGUUGCCCCCACAUAUGGAGUACCUGUAUUCUCUUCAACAUUCCACCACUAACUCAAUUCACGGAUUAGGCUUGAGUCCAGAAUAUCUGAGUGCAAGGGGUCUUACUGAGGUGCAUCCUUCAUCUACCUUAGGCAGUACCGAAUUCCCUUUCAGUAUAGAUGGUUCCAGACUCAACAGUCCGCGUCCGGGCAGCAUCCGAGCUUCAAGAAAACGAGCCCUCUCGUCUUCCCCCUAUUCGGAUUCUUUCGAUAUCAACUCCAUGAUACGAUUUUCUCCGAAUUCCCUAGCCUCCAUCGUCAAUGGAUCCAGGUCGUCGAGUGCAAGCGGCUCCUACGGCCAUCUAUCGGCGGGAGCCAUCAGCCCGGCAUUGGGGAUGCAUCCCAUGCACCUUCAGCAGCUCCAGGCGCAUUUGAUGCGCAGCUCUGGAUCGCUACUGCCUUUGCCUCCGGCUGCUCCACCUCCCCACCCAAUGUAUUCUUUGGGACACCAUCCUCUUCACGUAUCACACAACAUAAAGACUGAUAUAUUAAAUGACAGAAAGAAGUCUGAAACUAGUACAAUAACCCAACUUGAUAUCGAUUCAACGAGUUCAAGAAGGCCCAAAGUAAAAAAGGAACCAUCUCCGAACUCUUGUGGACAAGAGGGACAGAGUGAUCCUACUGAUCUCAAAGAUGAACCAGGCGAUUUUAUAGAAACAAAUUGUCACUGGAAAGACUGUUCGACUGAAUUCGGGACACAAGAAGAAUUAGUUAAGCAUAUCAACAAUGACCAUAUACACGCAAAUAAGAAGUCCUUUGUAUGUCGAUGGGAAGGUUGUUCAAGGGCAGAAAAACCAUUCAAAGCUCAAUACAUGUUGGUGGUUCACAUGCGGAGGCAUACUGGAGAAAAGCCUCAUAAGUGCACGUUCGAAGGAUGUGCAAAAGCUUACUCAAGACUGGAAAACCUCAAGACUCAUCUUCGAUCCCAUACUGGCGAAAAACCGUAUACUUGCGAAUAUCCUGGAUGCGCUAAGGCGUUUAGCAAUGCUUCUGACAGGGCUAAGCACCAGAAUAGGACACAUAGUAAUGAGAAACCGUAUGUGUGCAAAGCGCCAGGUUGUACAAAGCGAUACACGGAUCCCAGUUCUCUUCGAAAACACGUCAAAACUGUUCACGGGGCCGAAUUUUACGCCAGUAAGAAACACAAAGGAUCAGAGCAAGGACCAGAUGAUGGCCCUGCUGGCUUGGACUCCAGUCCGAGAAGUGAAGACAUGCAAAGUCAUAAAACGACUAGUCUCAGUAGUCCCAGUAUCAAAUCCGAAUCUGAUGUCAAUUCCCCUGGCCAACAACAAGGAAGUCCACUUGGAGCUACGCAGCUUGCAGGUAUUGGCUUCAACGAUGAUCUUCCUGGUGAUAUAGGAGGAACAUUAGGUCCUUCCGAUGACAUGCCUUGGACUUACGACGCAGAGGACUUGGAAAUUGAUGAACUUCCUGUUGUCUUAAGAGCCAUGGUGGGCAUAGGAAAUGAAAGGGGCGGUGUUGCUCUGGCAGAAAGAACGCCACGGGUGAGAAUGAAACACCUAACGAAAGGAAAACCAACCAGCAUACCUUCAAUGACCGCUCAGAGGAAAAAUAUCGCCGACCUUAAUAGACGAAUUACCGACCUGAAGAUGGAAGGUAACACUACAGGUCCACCUCAGACCAAAACUCAAUUGACAGAUAUUCAACAACGUUUGCAGCCAUCAGGUGGCAAUACUCAAGCUCAAAUUCGUAGGGACAGUAACUCUACAGUUAGUUCGUAUUAUGGUAGUAUGCGAAGCGCCGAUAUGAGUCGAAAGAGUAGUCUCGCAUCACAGGCAUCUAGCAUGAGACCAGGAAUUGCACCGGGCUCGUUUUAUGAUCCCAUUUCAGCUGGUAGCUCUAGAAGAUCAAGUCAACUGUCAAACACUGCUGCACAAGGAGGAGCUUGCAUUCCACCACCACCACCUUCUCAUCUUCUUGCUGGACAACUACAGAAGCUACAGAAUUCGCCUAAUACCGCUAAUAGCAGUAAUUUAGUGCUACAGACGCAGAACGUAUCACUUCAACAAACAGCCAUUCAGCAAACCUGGCUUUCUUCUAACCUUUCCAAUAUUGCAUCAACGACGACAAGUACUGAUGCUCGAAGAAUGUCAGAACCUUGUCACACUUUAACAGAUAGAAAGAGUCCGCCACCCCGGCCUGCUUCGGUGUCUUUGUCACCCCUAAAGGGCACUGUUAAUUCGUCAGAACUGCACCCAAAUCAAGCAGUUAUACUUGACGAAGUAGGAGAAGGAGAGAUGGUUGAAAACAAACUGGUUAUACCCGAUGAGAUGGUGAGAUACUUGAAUCAAGUAGCUGAUAAUCAAAACGUUAUGAGUUGGUCAGACAGUAACCAAAAGCCUUUGGGAAGUCCAUCGCAAAUGAUACCAUCACCUUCAAGUUUUACACUACCCUCUCCCCAAUCUGGUAUUAGUCAAAUUCUGCCCUCUCCGAAUAACUUAAAUCAAAUUAUGCACUCACCUGCCAAUAACUUGAAUCAGAUGAUGCCAUCUCCACCUACAAAUCAAAUGAAUCAAAUGAUUAAUUCUCCUUCAUCAAACCUAAACCAAAUGAUACAUUCCCCUUCAUCGAACCUAAACCAGAUGAUGCACUCACCUGCUGCCACUAACAUUAACCAAAUGAUGCCAUCGCCGGCAGCCAAUAACUUAAACCAAGUUAUGCCUUCGCCUGCUCAAAAUAUGAUGAUGCCAUCUCCAUCAGCACCCAACUUAAAUCAAAUGAUGCCAUCACCAUCAGCAGCUAAUUUAAAUCAGAUGAUGCCUUCUCCUUCAACAACAAAUUUAAACCAGAUGAUGCCCUCUCCUUCCGCUACUAAUUUAAAUCAAAUGAUGCCAUCUCCUGCAGCGACAAAUCUAAACCAAAUGAUGCCAUCACCUGCAUCUGUUCGGAAUCAAGUAAUGCACUCGCCAGCAACUAAUAUAACUCCAAUGAUUCAUUCUCCUUCUGGAAAUAGUAUGAAACAAAUGAUGCAUUCCCCGGCAUCUACGAAUAUAAAUCAGAUGAUUCCAUCUCCAAAUCCAAACAUGAAUCAUGCACCUAUGUCGAAUUAUGUACCAAACAACUACAAUAUGCAAAAUAAUGCUAUGCAACAAAAUCCAAUGCCUAUGAGGUGUCACUCUCAAAUGAUGAACAUGAACUGUUUCAACCGUCAAGUUACGCAUGGAAAUUGUUAUUCUGUACAACAUUGGGAAGGUUGUAGUUGUCAAAAUAUUGCACAACAGGACAAUCAUAUGUGUCGUCAAAUGAAUGUUCAAAAUAGCUUUAUGGGUAAUAAUUCAAACCAUUACUGUAAUAACCACUACGGGCAAAAUCAUCAGAACCAUUACAACUGCAACAAUUAUCAAACAAGUUUUAAUUGCAUGCCAAAUAUGUCCGAACCUAUGGCUUCACCAGCGACAGCUACGCCUGCACCCACUGAAAUAAUGAGCCCACCUCAACAAGCACAAAUGACGAGACCUUGCUCCCAUUACACACAAAACUGUUAUCCCGGUUCGCAAUAUCCUAAUCAAUGCAUUCCUAACCAACACAAUAGCUGCAACAACUGCAAAAAACCGGGUUAUAACCAAUGUUGUAACCAACAAAAUACUGAGAUACAAUGCAAUGACGUUAGCCAAUCGCAAAUGUCACCGGGUGUUCCAAAUAAUGGUGUAAAUAAUGGUACAAAUACUGGUAAUCAAACUGUCACGUUAGGUAUGCGACAGGAUGCUUACCUGAGAACCUUAGAAUACGUACAAAAUUGUCAAUCGUGGGUUAAUAACUCAGAGGCUGUUAGCAGUAGUACUCACCCUUUAAAAGUUGGUGAGAAGCCGAGUUCAAACAUGGUAGUAAAUGAUAUGACCUCAUCUCUUAGCUCUCUGUUAGAGGAAAAUAGGUUUUUACAAAUGAUUCAAUAGUUUGUAAGAUUUAAGGAAUAUAUUUGGGAAUGUGAAUACAAAAUUCGCCUAUAGAUAUGCAACUAUGAGAUGAGUUUAAAAUUGUUGAAAUAUUUUGUACUCACAUUCUUGAUUGCUUUAAGAAAUGUUAAAUUGGUUUGUCUUAAAUAAAUAAAAGUGUUUCUGUAAACACAAUAAUUUGACAAAUAUUUUUUAAAAAAAUUGCUAUAUCUUCACGAUUUGUUUUAAAUCUUGUGAUCUUGUUUUAAGACCAACAAUGGCAACAAUAAUGUAAACAGUAUGCUUCAUCUCAUCCGACAAACGAUAUGUUUUCUAACACUUUAAUACGUCUCUAGCUGUACUUUUUGACUACCUGGUAGGUAUACCGUCCCAAUAUUCUGUUCAAAAAUAUCAACCUACCUAUCUCAAAUAUAUUUUUCCGAAAUUAUCAUUGUCAUCAUUGGCUCUACAACGCAUAGUUGGUCUUCAGCUGUUAGUUCUCCUCACUCUCUAAGUGCCCUAGCUUCCGCAGAUUGUUUAUUUUGAUGGACCUACCAAUAUUAGGUUUACUAUCGACGGUAAAGCUCAAAAUUAUAGCGUCUACGCCAGCAGUUUAUGUUCAAAAGAGUCUAAACGUUCUUCAUUACUUUUUGUCAUCAUCCACGUUUCUGACGCUUAAGUGAGGACGGACUCGAUUAGAGUUCUGUAUAUCAAUACCUUCGUUCUUUUUGUGACUAUGUUGGAUGUUAAAAGUUUCUUUGAUCCAAAGUAUGCCCGAUUGGUAAGAUAUAUACGUCGCUCAAUUUCUGCAGUUACCUACUUCAUUACUUUGGUUGAUUUGUGAGCCUAGAUAUAUGAACUCUCUUACUCAUUCGAAAUUAUAUGAUCCAACCGUUAGACCUUCCUUUAGUUACGUGUAGCCUUAUUCUUUUUGCUCUAAUGACGCAAAAGGAAUGGAUCUACACGUUAAUAUUAGUAAAACGAAGUCUAUGAAAUUUUCCGAAAUUAUAUAACAAAAUUCAAUUUGAAAAGAGCCUGGUCAAAUUUUAAACCCUGUAAGCCGAGUGAUUUUUGUAUUUUGAUGAAUACCAAAUAUAUAAGUAGUACUGAAUUAAUUCCAAAUUAAACUAAAUUAAAAGUUCAAAUUCAGUCACAUCUUCAAUUUUUUUAUUUGGACAUCGCUUUAAAACAGUUUUCAUACUGUGUAAAUACCUACUAAAAAUUGUCUACCUAUAGUCUAGCCCUAGCCUUUAGAAUAAAACUGUGAUAGAAAGACAAAUUGAAUAUUCAUUUACUUUUAUUUUUCUUUUAUCUUUACUACCAGAUCAUUAUCCUCUUUGAUUACCGCAUUCAUUACUUUUGAUGACUGAGUAAUAAUAUAGUCUCAAGAUUUUUUUAAAAAUAUUUUCUGAAUCACAUUUCUGAUCCGAAAAUCUACAACUUCAAUUGUUGGAAUCAACUUUCUGGUGACAACCUAAAUCCAUGCCUUCUAAAAUUUGCAAGGAAAACUAACAAUAAAUAAAGCAGACUAGGGGAAUCUAAGAUUGCAUUCCAUUUCAAUGUUUAAUUAGUUUGCUUUAUUUAUCGUUAGUUUUCGUUGCAAAGUUUAGAAGGCACAGAGUCUCUGAUUGUAAUUUUAAUGACAAUUUAAUCUUAAUUUUGAUUAUUAGUUUAAAUCCAAUUUUAUCUAACUUUUGGCUAAUGUGACAAUUUUGCGCAAGUUUUUGUAUUUUAUUGAUAUGCGCACAUUGUUAAGUACGAUUUGUUUAUUUUUUUAUUUUCCUGAAAAAUGUACGACAUAUCAACGUGGGGGCCAUGUUUGCGCCAUCCCAUGUCGAAUGGUAGAAGUGUUGUGGACGCAGCCAGCUGCGACUUGCUUUGAUUGUAAAAAUCUUUAUUAUCGACCUGUGUAGGGAUCUGCAUGGUAGCGUCUCCCGCAGGCGUGAUUUGUAAUUAAGACUCACUAUUGUACUUGUAACCGCAAGCCAUGUAACGAAGUUUUUGUGCCAUCAAUAAAUUGUGUUUUUGUAUCCUGAAUUUGGCAAUAUUACAUCCUACCAGUGCAUCCAUCCUCAUCCACCGGCGAAGCUUGUUCGAAGAAUCCUCAGUUUGACAGUCCACUGCCCUAACAUUUAGGUUGUCACCAGAAAGUUGAUUCCAACGAUAGAGUUGUAGGUUUGCGGAUCUAAGACUUCUCAUUGUGUUAAAUAGAUGUAGCUACAGCGUCUAAAAGCGAAUUAUUUUGUAUGAUUUUGCUUACCAAGACAGUUGGUUUUCGAUUUGAUUCAGAGAAGACCACAGGUCUUUCUGAUGAUCCCAAAAAGGUGAAACGUACGAAAGAGGAUGGUGAUUGCAUCUAAAACAGAAUGAAAAUAUUAACUGUCUUUAAUUUUCAUAUUUUCCGAAUAUUUAGGUACUGACGUGACUAGUAUAUUAUUCUCAUUAUUUAUAGGUAAAAAUAUUAAGUUCGUGUUCACAGUCUCUUCGUGAUGUAUGCAUUUCAAUUACAUAAUUGAAAUAAUAAACUCUUAGAUGAAAAUAUAUUUUUAUGACAAACCAAUUAAUGUAUAUACCUUCUUAAGGUGUCAGUAGGCUGUACAAAUAUUGUAUGAAAUGUAUAUUGUGAUAUGUAAAUUAAAUUUUGCAAUAUUAAUUUUUAUAAAGGCUUUAAAGUUUUGUGAAUAUCUGAAGUGUAAGUUUAAGAAUUAUAUUUUAUGUUUUUUGUAUUAUUUAUAUCGUGUAAAGGGGUCAAAUCAUGAUCUCAAUAUUUUUUGUAAGGCCACAUACUGCCAUAUUUGUACAUCUUAUAUAUGAAUAUUGUUUAAUAUUUUUUGUAAAUAAAUACUUUUAUGUUAUAUUUUGUAAUUGCAAAGGAGAUAUAUUUAAUAAAGACUAUGCUUAAUA